AUGACAGAGUUGAAUGUAGUUCCGGAGCUCCUUGAUCCACCAUUGGUCGGCGGCGAGCAGCAGAACCUUAUCGAGAACUACUUGAAAUUGAUCGUCAAGAAGCUCGAUGAAUGGUCUGCGAACCUAAUGAAGACAGAGAUUCGGAAGUUCAUCACGCGCUCGGAUCCGCCUGGGGUGGACAGCGACGGACUCUUUGGUACGCACGGCGCAGUUAUCCUGUUCCAGAUGGUGAACCAACAAAUCGAUGCAGCGACAGAGAGUGGUCAAGGAGCUAUCCUUGCUCGUGUUGUGGGGUACUUGCCAACGACCAGAUCUCAAGUCCGCCGAUAA